UCAUUAUUUCACCAAUCCUGUCAAAGACGGAAAGGUUAGGUUAGAAGUUAGAAGCGUUCGCGUCGCGUUCCAUCCAAGAGAGGCAGUUGGAGGAAACGAGGCGACCGCGAACAACGGAGAGACACAGCGCAUUGGAGAGCCCAAAUCGAAAUUUCCGUUGGGAUUCUAGGCUCAGAAGUCGACGGAAGAAGAAAGAAGUUUAGGUUUUUGUGUCCGAACCGCUGCGUUACUAGAAACCAUGACGACUGUACCUCGAUCAGGGGGAGAAUGCGACCCUUCGAGAGAUGAACGCGCCGGCAAAGUCCGGGAAGUCGGCGCUCAAGCAGUUUGGAGUCUUUCUUCGUGCAAACCAGGAAACGGUAUUGGUCAGCUGAGAGAUGGCUGCAUGGAUACUUACUGGCAGUCCGAUGGGCAGCUGCCUCAUCUUGUCAACAUUCAGUUUCGUCGAAAGACAACAAUACGAGAUAUCUGCAUAUACUUCGAUUACAAGAUAGAUGAGAGCUAUUGUCCAAGCAGAAUCUCCAUUCGGGCUGGAACCAAUUUCAACGAUCUUCAAGAAGUUGAAGUAAUAGAACUCAAUGAGCCUAAUGGAUGGGUUCGUGUGCCACUUAAAGACAUUCAUGAUCGCCCCAUCAGGACCUUUAUGAUUCAGAUAGCGGUUCUUAGCAAUCACCAAAAUGGACGAGACACUCAUGUCAGACAAAUUAAAAUUCAUUCUCCCAUGGAGGCUAAAGGUGUUGCUCUUGACAACCUGGGAACAUUUGUUACAGUCGACUGCCAGCAAUACAGCUGCAUUAGAUGAUUCCUAGGCCCUUUCAACUGUUAUUUUUCUUGUUCUGUUUAUGUUACUUAAGUAAUUCUUUGUCAAUAAGUUGUUAUUAUAUUAGACGUGCAGCAUGUCUAAAGGCUGCUAAUAGUUGAUCUCUGACGCUGAUUGUAAGAUUUGUAGCAAUCAUAUUAUCGUAUAAUGUAUUUUUGAAUCUGGAUUUGUGGAUAUGUAAUUCAGCCAAGAAUUUGUUCUUUGUGAUGUGGAUUCCAUAUUUUAUUCAUUUAAAUGCUGCUAGUCAUGUUUUGGUGAUUUUAUAACGCUGCAUUUCAGCAAGUAUGCUUUAGCUUUAAUAUUGUACUCAGACUGAUUGAAUUCAUGUUUUCACUCUCAUGUACUUGCUAAUGAUUAAAACAUAUGAAACACCGUUAAAUAGAAA